AUGUCUUCAGGAGAUGUCAAAAUUGGGCAUCCUGCCCCCAACUUCAAAGCCAUGGUUGUUAUGCCAGAUGGUCAGUUCAAAGACAUCAGCCUAUCUGACUACAAAGGAAAAUAUAUCGUGUUCUUCUUUUACUCUCUUCACUUCACCUUUGUGUGCCCCACAGAGAUCAUUGCUUUCAAUGACAGGGCAGAAGAAUUUAAGAAACCCAACUGCCAAGUGAUUGGUGUUUCUGUGGAUUCUCAUUUCUGUUGCCUAGUGUGGAUCAACACACCCAAGAAACAAGGAGGACUGGGACCCACAAGCAUUCCCUUGGUAUCAGACCCCAUGCAUACCACCACUCAGGACUAUGGAGUCUUAGAGGCUGAUGAAGACAUCUUGUUCAGGGACCUCUUUACCCAUUGA